AUGGUUUCACUCCUUGAACAAUUUCUCCCGAGCCUGAGCAAAGCUCUGCCAGCAGUCGGCGUCUGCCUUGUCCUCGGGAUCGUAGGCUAUGUUGUGUACCAGGUGUAUUUUCACCCACUGUCCCGUUUCCCUGGUCCAUUCCUGGCAUCAGUGACCGACCUCUGGCAAGUUCAUCAAUUCUUGACUCUCAAACAACCGUACAAUUUGACAGAGCUGCACGCCAAGUAUGGGCAAUUUGUUCGGUACGGCCCCGAUAAACUCAGCAUCACGGCCGAGGACGCAGUCCCCUCCAUCUAUCAGAAAGGCGGGCGAAUGAUGCCGAAGACCGAAUAUUAUGAUGCGUUUGGAGCAGCUCAUCCGAACGUAUUUGGGAUGAGAGAUGAAGCAAAACAUUCCAUCCGCAGGCGUCACAUGUCCCACAGCUUCUCCAUCAGCUAUGUCAAGGAGAUGGAGCAAUAUCUUGACGAGAAUAUUGUGAUUCUCAGAAACAAGAUCGCAGCAUAUGCUGACCGAGGAGAAGCGUUCAAUUUGAAAAAGCUCCUGCAGUUUUACGUAGUUGACGUCCUCGGAGAGUUGGCUUUCAGCCAGUCCUUUGGGGUCCAAGUCGCGGAUGACGAGUCCCUGGUUCCGCCGGUGAUCGAGCAUAGUCUACUCGCUGCCGUUACUGGAGCAUGGCCCACGAUGACCUUUACCCUGAAGAAAUGGCUACCAAAGGUUCCUCACAAGGGCCUACAAGCGCUUUUCAAAGGCAGGGCAGCAUGUGCCUCCUUGGCUUCUCGCUGCGUCAAGAAGAGAAUGGCAGCGCUGGAAGAGGAGAAAUCCCAGGGCGCCGACGGGCAGAGGAAAGACAUUCUUACCAAUCUCAUCCUCGCGAAAGACCCAGAGACUGGCGAGCUCCUCACUCAGACGGACCUAGAAACGGAGGCCUUCGGGUUCAUUAUCGCAGGGACACAUACAACCAGUGCAACAUCGACAUUGUUAUUCUGGAACCUGCUGCACAGCCCGGAGACCAUGAGCAGAUGCGUGGAUGAGAUUAGGAGCAAGCUUCCGGACUUGGGCUCAAACAAGGUGGCGUACUCAGUCACCGAAGUGGAAGCGUCAUUGCCUUUCCUCCGGCAAUGUGUAAGAGAGAAUUUCCGCACUACACCGGUCUUCACUAUGCCACUCCCUCGUAGAGUCACGGCACCUGAGGGGGUCAUCAUUGCCGGGGAGCACAUUGAACAAGGGACCUCAGUCGCAGUCUGUAAUCAUGCCUUCCACCACGACCCAGAAGUCUGGGGCGCCGACCACAACGUAUUCGACCCGGACCGAUGGGAACAUCCAGAUAAUGCGAAGCGAGCCAGGUAUCUUAUGCACUUUGGCCUUGGAGGGCGGCAAUGCAUCGGCAAGACCGUAGCCCAGACCAACAUCUACAAGUUGGCGAGCACCCUGUUGCAAGAGUUUGAUUUCUGUCUAGCCAACGGGGAUGAGCAAGAGUCAGCUUCGCGUGGUGAAUAUCGAGGCGUUCUUCCGCCCCUCAUUAGUGUCGGUAUCAGUGACUUGGAGGGACCUCUGAUGGUGAGAGCGAAGAGAAGGAGUGCGGCGUGA